AUGGCGGAUCGGGCGGAGAUGUUCUCGCUCUCCACCUUCCAUUCGCUCUCCCCGCCGGGCUGCAGGCCUCCUCAGGACAUCAGCCUGGAGGAAUUUGAUGACGAAGAUCUGUCUGAGAUCACCGACGACUGUGGCAUCGGCCUUAACUACGACUCGGACCACUAUGAGAAGGACUGCCUGGUGCUCGAGAGAUGUGAGCAGCCCAACGCCAUCUCCACCUUCCAGGACGAUUUCCAGGAGUUUGAGAUGAUCGACGACAACGAAGAGGAGGAGGAAGGGAACGGGCUGGAGGAGGCGCCCCCCUCGCCCUCGGGGUCUCCAAUCCCUUCGCCCACCCCAGAGGAGACCCAGAAGCAUCGCCCCACCACUCUCAACCUGACUGUGACGGGCACGCAGGACUCCCUGAACAACAACAGCGGCUGCAACCCAGCGCCCCCCUUGCAAAGGGCCACCUGGCAGGAGACUUUGCUCCACACUUCUUCAUCUUCCUCCUCCUCCUCCUCUUCGGUGCCCCAUGCUGAGCGAUCCUCCCCUGUGCACCCGUGUCUCCAGGAUAGACUGUGCUCAGACACUCGGAGUGGCACAGGCCCUGGCCAAGCCCAACCUCCUUGCAAACCACCGCUUUAUGAUGCCGAAGGGAACAGCCAGGAGCUGCGGGAGGCCCCACCCCCUGCCCGACCUGGGGAGGACUACAACAUGAACAUCGUCUCCUCCAUGCCCUGCUCUCAGCCUCCUUCAGCUUCAUCUGUCCAGGCCCCCAGGGAGGUUGCGGAAGAUCCCCAAGGUCCCAUCACAUGCCUGGAGUCCCAGCCGCCCACCUUCAGCCCCCAUAGGUCACCGGCAACGGAGAUUUACUGCGCCAGGUUCCAGCGGGAUGCGGCAGGUUGCCAGGAGGCAAAGAAGGUGGCUGGGGGCUCCCCCGUUGUCUUUGCUGGGGGAAAAUCGGGGCAUGGGUCCCCCAUCUCACUGAUUGACCAGGGAGGCUCCCCGCUGUCAGACGCCGAGCCUCCCAAGGGCCGCCGAGACGGCAGGUCUGGAAUGAACCACCCCUUGGGAGACCACGCCACCCCGACCAGAACGGCAGCAGAAUCCCUGAGCUCCGAAGAAGAAAGCGGCCACAGGGGCCGGGCGCCCAGUGUGCGAGGGCCACCUUCCGCCUCGUCGGACACCACAUCCCCCUCAUCAGACCCCGGUAUCGAGGCUGACCUCACCAGCCGCAACUCCAAGUCCUUCCCGCCGUGCAGCCGGCACAGCGAGGACCUCAGCUCGCCUGGCUCCGACUCGGACGUGGAGGGCGAGAUCGAGGCGGCCUUUGCCUGCAGCGGGAACCGCCUGGCCAGCAACAUGAUCUCCAGCAUCUCAGAAACAGAGCUGGAUUUGAGCAGCGACAGCAGCAGUGGACGCUCCUCCCACCUCACCAACUCCAUCGAGGAGGCCAGCUCCCCGGGCUCAGAGGCUGAGCUGGAGGCGGACCUGGAGUCCCGGGGGGUGCUGGGCCUGAAGGAUGCCCUCCUGCUAGACGUGGGCAAGGAGGAGGAGGACGGGGUGGCAGUGGCCCCAGAGAGCCCAGUGGUGCGGAGGGACAGCCUGGCGGCCCUCAAGAUAGAGGAGUUUUACGAGGACCCGUCCGCUCCCAUCGAGCCAACGGACAGGCCCCUCUCGGACCCACUGGACCUGGAGAUUGACCCCGACCACAGCCUGGAGACCCUGCGGCGUUCCUUCUACUUGCCAGUGGGGGCCAAGCUUGUGCCCAAGGGCCGCAGCGACAGCGAUGACCGAGCGGGGAACAGCGAGUACGACUCCGACUCUGACUCCGAGUCGGAGCCGGACCUGAGCGAGGACUCUGACUCCCCGUGGCUGCUCAGCAACCUGGUGAACAAGAUGAUCUCAGAAGGCUCGUACCCCAUCAAGUGCGCCGACGAGUGCUUCCCGGCAGCCCACUCCCUCUCGGACACCAUCUCUCCCGCCUCCGACCUGGAGCCAGAGAUCCCCAGCGAGGCCCUGGAGGAGGUGCAGCCUGGCCCUCCGCAGAGCAUCGAGCUGGUGGACAUGGAGACCCUCCGGUGUUCGCUACGGGAGGAGGAGAAGCCCACCGAGCCAGGGGGCCCGGCGGAUGAGGUGGGACCCUACCUGUUCAUGAGCAACCUGACCAACGACACCAUUGCUCCCGUCUUUCCUGGGAGGCCACUCUCCGGCUGCUGCAAGAGCAGCGGCGGCGGCACCCCAGCCAAGGGCUUGCCCCCCAGGGAGGUCGUGGUCAAAGCAGACCUGGCCACAGGGCCCGAGGACUGGGCGAUCGACGGGGACCUGGACUCUGGCAUUUUGGAGGACAACGACAUGAUUGACGAUGUCCGGUUAGAGGGCAGCGAGGGGCUGGACGUCUCCACUGCCAAGACCAACCGUUGCUUCAGCUUGGCCUACUCUCCCGAGGAGGAGGAAGAGGACGGGGAGGCCCCUUCCCUAGGCAGCCUGAAGGGCUCCCCCUUCUCCGAGGAGAUGCCCCUGCCCCCGCCCACCAUAGCGCUGGACGACUCCCUGGCCUACGACUCCGUCAAGUACACCCUUGUCGUGGACGAAAACACCCAGCUGGAGCUGGUCAGCCUCAAGCGCUGCACGUCGGUGCUGAGCGACGACAGCGAGCUGCUGCGGGCCUGCGACGCUGCCGACGACCUGGAGGAUGCAGGCAGUGACUUUGGGGAGGGGCUGGUGGCGCCGGACGGGCGCAGCUCUUCCUCGGAGGACUCCUCGCCCGAGGCCGACCUCCACUUCUCAAAGAAGUUCCUCAACGUCUUUGUCAACAGCACCUCCCGUUCCUCCAGUACAGAGUCCUUUGGUCUCUUUUCUUGCAUGGUGAACGGGGAGGAGCGGGAACAGACCCACCGAGCUGUCUUCAGGUUCAUCCCUCGCCACGAGGACGAGCUGGAGCUGGACGUGGACGACCCGAUUCUGGUGGAGCUGGAGGAAGACGACUACUGGUACCGGGGCUACAACAUGCGCACGGGGGAGAGAGGCAUCUUCCCAGCCUUCUAUGCCCACGAGGUGGUGAGCCAGGCCAAGGAAGUGACAGGCCUGAAGCGGAAUCCGUGCUGGAUGGAGCGCUUCAACGUCCAGUUCUUGGGCUCCGUGGAAGUUCCUUACCAUCAGGGCAAUGGUAUCCUGUGUGCCGCUAUGCAGAAGAUUGCUACCACCCGCAAGCUCACGGUACACCUGAGACCCCCGGCCACCUGCGACCUGGAAAUCAGCCUGCAGGGCAUCAAGCUUAUCCUGACCGUGAAUGAGUACAGCCGGGACGAGGAGUUUGAGCGCUGCAGUCAUUUCUUCCAGAUGAAGAACAUCUCCUUCUGCGGCUGCCACCCCCGCAACAGCUGCUACUUUGGCUUCAUCACAAAACACCCCGUGCUGAGUCGCUUUGCCUGCCACGUCUUCGUUUCCCAGGAGUCCAUGCGGCAUGUUGCAGAGUGCGUUGGCCGCGCCUUUCAGGAAUAUUACCAAGAGCACCUGGAGUUUGCUUGCCCCACAGAAGACAUUUACCUGGAGUAGGACCUGAGCCCAGAGAGCCUCCAGCUUCCGCACCCCCUCCAGAGACUCUGACCCGGUGUGCCCCACGAUCCUCGACUCCGCCAGCCUCGACACCACCCAUGCCACCAUUUUUCAACCCAGCACCCUGCUGCAGCAGAGGGGAGGGGUGGGG